UUUUGCGCACAUAUCUUAAAACGAUUCUAAGGAAAAAAAAUGUUUUCAACAUCUGAAUCAUAAUAUUAAUAAUUUUGUUAAUGGUAAGGCUGAGUCCAUCGGCUUUAAGGUUAAAUAUGAUAAGUUCGCAGGCCUAAACGGAUGUGGAGGAAAGUUACAAAUAAAAUAUUCAAGAUCUGGACAAACACCAACUUGCUGAGAUUGUAAUUAAAACAAAAACAAAAACCCGCAUCGCUGAAGUUAAAAAUAAAAAAUGUUAUUGAAUAGUUUUAAGCUACACAAUUGCUGCAGAUCAUACAAACAUUUACAAUCUCCAAGAUAUAUGAAAUUUUAUUCCAGUAAUGUUGAGACCGUAGACCUUGCUUAUAACAUACACGAUAGCCAUAACGUGGAUCCCUCAAAACCACCCUUAGUCACCUUUCAUGCUCUGUUGGGAUCAGGAUCUCUCUGGGAUGGAGUGGCUAAAGAGGUCGUGAAAGAAACAGGAAGGAGAGUCAUUAAUGUGGACGCUCGAUGUCAUGGUAAUAGCCCACGUACAGAGUCGCUAACUUAUAUAGAAACUUCCAAUGACGCGAUGAAGCUAUUAAGGAAAUUAGAAAUACCCAAAGCCUCUGUUAUUGGACACAGCAUGGGUGGUUUUACUGCUAUGGGUGUAUCACUGCUUUAUCCGGAGCUCGUUUCCAGUUUAAUAGUGGUUGAUGUUUCCCCUGUUAAGACUCGCCUAGCCUUAUCAUUUCCGAUGGCUCUCUUGAAGUGUAUGGCUUUUCUUCCUUUGAAGUCAAGUAUGACAAUGGCAGAAGCAAGAAAACUAGCAGACGAUAGCUUAAAAACCAUCACACAGGAUGAAAAAUUGCGUAUCUACGUAAUUUCAAAUUUGUACAGGACAGACACAGGAGAAUUUGCUUGGAAAUCCUAUACUCCGACGUUAAUGAAUAAAUUAGAAUCUCAAAUAGCACAUUUUCCGCUUUAUUUCAAAGGACGUCAAUAUUUUGGGCCCACUUUGUUUAUCUGCGGGGCCUCAUCAGAGCAUGUUGCGAAGGAAGACUUGCCGGGCAUUAGAGAAUACUUUCCGCAAGCUGAGGUUAUCUUUAUAGAAGGUGCAAAACAUUGGGUGCAGACUGACAAGCCAAAGGAAUUUCGAGAAACCUUGUGCAAAUUCUUGAAUGAAAAAUGAAUGAAAUUUUUUAAAUUAACUCAUAUUCAAGUAACCGUCCUUAGCAUUAGUAAAGAAUGGUUUGUUGUUCCAUCGGAAUUUAAUCUUAUCGCCCGUAUAGUGGACAAUAUUCAAACAAUGUCUCCAGCGAUGAUCUUGUCUGCAGCCUAGACACCUAAUCUAGGUACUCGACGACCAAACUUAUAUUUAGUUUGAUUUGGUUAAAACUCAAAAAACAGUUUACGAAAAAAACGAUUCUACAUACUGACAUUUUGAAAAAUGAUGUAAAAAUAAUGGCGUGAUUAAAGCUAAUUAAACUGUA